UCACUGCUCUCCUUCUUGACGGAUACUGCAGGUUUCCUCGAGGUGGCUCCUUUGAUCCCUUCCCCAGCCUUCCGAUCGUCGGAUCCGACGGUGGAUCUGCCGUGAUAGGAAGGUCCAGAGUUUCCAUCGCGGAAGCUCCACAUCUGAGGGCUGCAACUCUGAGCUACAAGCUUUCCACAGUGUAGUACAGUUGGUAAAAAAAUGAAGCGGAUGAUAUCCAGAAAAUCCCACUCAUGGUGGUGGGAUAGUCAUAUCAGCCGCAAGAACUCAAAAUGGCUUGAAGAAAAUCUUGAAAAGAUGGAUCAAAGUGUCAAACAAAUGCUGAAAUUGAUAGAAGAGGAAGGAGAAUCUUUUGCAAAGAAAGCUGAGGUGUAUUAUCAAAGGCGGCCUGAGCUGAUAUCCCAAGUUGAGGAUUUCUACCGCAUGUAUCGUGCGCUCGCUGAGCGUUAUGACCAAGUGACUGGAGAUCUUCGCAAGAAUAUUCGGUCAGAGCUCAGAUCUCAAGUUUCAGGCAGUGGAUCUGAUCAUGUUUCAGAUCCACCUUCUCCUUCGUCCAUUCACUCAUUGGAAGUCACACCUGAGUCAAAGCCACAACCACCCAAGCCAAGUCCAAGGGCUGCUGGCUUUGAUUUCUUCCUCGGCUCUGGUGGCAGUUCUGACCUGUCCAGGAAGGGAAGUGAUGGUUCGUAUUCAUCCUCUUCGGAAUGUGAUUCAGAGUCUGAGUUUGAUGAUGGCAACGAGGUAAAUGGUGAUGGUAUUUCCUCUAGGCUACAGCAGAAAAUACAUGAGCUAGAGGAUGAGCUACGUGAGACGAGGGAGAAGGUCAAGAGACAGGGAGAGAAAAUUUGCCAUGACCACUGUAAUUCCAAAAUCUUGUCACUAGAGGAAGAACUUUCAACUGCUAAUGAGAAACUUCACUGUGCAGAAACUGAGAUCAUGGUCCUUAAAAACAAGCUUGAGGAGACUAAUAUUUCUUUGGAAACGAUGGAGACAGAGCUCAGAUCAGAAAAGGAGAAGGUUUUGAACUUGGAUGAACAUGUUGCCAUGCUGCAGAAUGCAGUAUUAGCUUAUAAGUAUGAGAUUCUGGUCCUAAAGGAAGCAACAGAGGUUACUACUAAGCAGUUCCAGACUGAGUUACUAAAUCGUGAUAUUCAAAUUGCAGAGUGCAAAACUGAACUAGUAAAUUCGAAAGAGAAGUUUUUGCAGCAGAAGUCCAGCCUUGAAGCUGGAAUUGCAUACCUUGAAGGUGUAAACAUGGAACUAAAAGAAGAAACAGAGAAAAUGUUGCUGGAGAAGUUGUCACUGGAGAGUCAUCUCUCUGAGCUGCAAGUUGUGAUUCAAGAACUGCAAGUCUCAACUUCAAGUUCUAUUGAAAAUGUUUCGAGGGAGAAGUUGGCACUUGAAUCUGAAGUCCUUGCUCUUUCUCAGUCCAAUGCCUCGCUGGAGGGUAAGAUUAACAUUCUGGAUGAUCAGGUAAGGCAGCUUGAUGCUGACAGGAUUCAAGCAUGUGAGGAGAGUGGGAAGCACAUCACCGAGCUAAAUAAGAAAUUAGAUGCUCUAAAACUUCGGGUUGACAUGCUCACAGCUGAGAAAGACCAGCUUACUGCGAAGGUGGAUUCUCUUACCAACGAUGUUAGGUCGCGUGACGGUCAAAUCAUCCAGAUGGAUGAGCACCUGCAUCGGUUGCAAUUAGAAAAUGCGAAACUGAUCAUCGAAUUGGAGGAAGGUAGAAAAGCUAGUUUGGAUCUGAAGUCACGAAUGAAAGACCUCGAAGAGGAAGUGGACAGGCAGAAGGUUGUGAUAUCUGAUGGUGCCGAGGGCAAGAGGGAAGCAAUAAGACAGCUCUGCUUCUCGCUAGAGCAUUACAGGGACGGCUAUCAUCAACUCCGGCAGUUGCUCCAGUGUCACAGGCGAUCGCCCAUCGCUGCAAGUUGAUCAUCUUUUCUUGGGUAACAGUCUUUAGCAUUUGUGUUUGUCUCCAUGGACCUGCUGCUAUUUCUGAACUCUGUUGUAAUGUGUUGCUAUGUCAAUGUUUUAGGUCGUCAUAUGGUGUAAAAGACUGUCUGAAUCUGAUGUUCUUCAGUCUUUAUACAUUUAUCUAUAGUGAUCUCCAUAUAAUCUUGUUAGUGGUUGACUGGCAAUGAUGAUGGAGAUCUGCUUGAGGGUGGAGUUAUAGUGGACUUAUUUGUUUGUGUGGUAUCUCAGCUUCCUCCUAUUUUAUUGAUGCCAAUGAGAUAAUUUUUGUUACCA